AUGUUUCGAUUCAAUCCUCUGCUGCGCGAUACCGCCUUUAUUCGCACGACGCUCUCACAAUGGGCCCGCCAACUCGCCGUCCAGGCCGCGGCCUUGCCGUCGUGGAGCGGCCCGCCCUCUUCUUCGUCGGCAUCGACGCGGGCGCUCUGGGAGGACGUUGUCCACGCCAUCCGGCAUGGUUUUGCCAUGAAGGAGACGGACACCCUCUACAGCGUCGUUCGCUGUUUGCUCGCGAAAGGCUAUUCCCCCCCGCUCUGGGAGUUAUGGCCGCAGAUGGCCAAAUGGCUGUUGAUGUACGCGGAUGUCGAAUCCACCUCGGUGCUUUGCUAUCCGGGCGAACCCGAGGCCACCCUGCGCGCCGAGGCCGCCUCGGCCAAGCGGCCUUUUCCGCCCAAUCGACUAAUCACCGUUGACAAGGAUUUCGCCAGCUCAAACGGCGAUGGAAUGGUGAAUUCGGCGAAGGAAAAGGAGCCGGACGACGACGGACAGGGAUAUUUUAUCUUUCCUUCGCGUGAGAUGCUGCUUUUGACGGGAGGCGUGGUCCCUCUGAGCGCCCGGGUGCCCUGCGCGGAUGGAACGCUCCUGCGGCAAUUUCUUGAGAUGUUCUGCCGGUACGUUCGGGAAGAAAUCCUGCCAAAGGUCAACCCCUUUGGUGGCUCGGAUAACCCUCAGGGCGAAGGCAGUCGUGACGAAAUCGACAAGGUAUAUACCCUUCUAAGCCAUAUGAACGAAUCCCUUUUUGAGGUGAUUCAGACCAAUCUGAACACAAUCCGUAUUCAUUUGGUACUAGAGUGGGUUGCACAGUACGUGGCUUUGCUUUGGGAUGUGGAUCACCUUCUUGGGGAGCUCUCCCAACAAAAUUUCGGACUUGAUGAGGAACCACAUGCCAAACCUAAACCAAACAAAGAAAGCCAACCGCCAACUUCUUUACUUCUCGCAUUUGUGCGAUCUUUUGUGAAGAAGGAAUUGAAUUCCUCGACCUCCGCGCUCGGUGCACGGCUGGCUCUUUGUGGGGUGGCCUUUACGAUUCAUAGGAUGGUAACCUCAGAGGGAAAUCCCACGUCGUCCUUUCGUGGAGGGGCUGAAUUUGACUUUUCCUCCCUACUUUCCUUUCCGGGGUACCUUAUUAGUGAGGUUUCGUUCUCCGAACGACGCCUACAGUUCGACACCCUGAGCGUCGCCGUACGGGGAGUUCUUCGCCACUAUGAAAGGUCGGCAUUUGACCCCAAAAACGCUCACUCCGCGAUGCGCGCGUGGCCUCCUUUGGCGUCUUUGUUAGCGAAAGUGUACGACUUCGUGGACGUUUCACUGCAGUACAACGCGAAUCAAAACAAUCCGCUAAAUAUCGCCGAGGAGGGGGAGCAGCAGCUACGGCAGGAUGUGUUGUUAACCUGGGUUCGCUGCCUGCGCGUGGAGACGGAGUCGCCGAAUGAUUUCCUGCGGGACUCGAUGAGCAUCGUCGAGCGCAGCGCCCCCUCCUUGGGGCUUGAGGCGGAGCUGAUCGCCGGAAAAGUCGCCCUGUUUGACUACUUUGAGCUUCUUGAAGAGGGCAAGCAGACGAUCUACAACGAUAUUUUGACAUCUUUACGUCACCUUAUCGAACUUCGGCCGCGUGCCAACACAUCCUACGCCAUGAGUCCAUCCGACGGGAUUUUUUUCGACGACGAAGGACAACAAAACGAGCAGGAGGGGGAGGAGCAAAUUCCCGUCGAGGAUCUUAUUCAGCGUUCGAGCCAGUCCUCACCGGACAACGAGAUGCAAGAGAUCAUCCAGGCCUCUCAUCAACUCGUUAUCAAGGCCCUUUGCGAUUCGCAUCAGAUGCAGUGCAUCAACGACGCCUAUAAUAUUGUCAUCACACAUAAAUAUCAGGGUUUAAUCAUAACAAAAGAAAUUAUUCGGCCCUUAGUUGAGGCACUUAGCCGUUAUGGGGACUGCCGUGUUUUCAAUUUGGUGGAUUUGUGUGUUUUAUACUCGAACAAUCAAAUCGAUAUGCCGAUUAUCACCGGACUUUUUCGGACAUGCGCUGUCGCUGGCGAUCACUAUCGUGCGCGAACGUUCCUAAAGUUUCUUCAGGAUAUCGUUCCCGGUUUUCUUAUAAAGGCAACACCCGAUAUUAUCGACUUCUUGAAGGAGUUAAAAGUGCUUCCGCCUGAGCCUUAUCAUUUAUUCACUUCCGAUGAGGAAAAACUAGAGAAAAGUACAGUUGGCUUCUUUUCUGAUGUCUUGCCGCGUGAGAUUCCCGAUCUUGCACCGUCAAAGUAA